AUGGAGAAUUCUAUGGUUAGUGGUGAUACUGAGAACAGUAGCAUUGUUGUUAGUUUGGUUCCCAGGAUGAAGAAGUGUGUAAUUAGUGGUAAUACUAGAAGUAAUGUUGCUGUUAAUGAUGAAGAUUUAAUAAAAUGUGAGAUACUAAGCCGUCUCCCUGUUAAAUCACUUAUGCGUUUCAAAUGCGUAUCUAAAACUUGGCUGUCACUAAUUGAAGAAGAUCCGUACUUCGCUGAUUUACAUUUUGAACGGUCUAAAGCACGCCCAGCACUCCUUUUGGUGAUUCCACUCCCACAUACGUAUUCAGAUGACCCGUUCAGGAUCAGCAAUGAGUUAGUUUUAACAGCCAAUCUAAGUAGAGAUAGAAGCAAAGCAGAAAUAUGCAGUAUACUGAACACAGAAUCAUUUAGUUGCGCUGAGAUUCGUGGACCUGCAAAUGGUUUGGUCUGUUUUGUUGACAGAUUAAGGUCUGAUGUUCACGUAUACAACAUCAGCACUAGAGAGGUCACUUGUGUUGAAUCAACAUUUAUGCCAAAGGUAGGACUGACUCACCCAAAAGAUUGGAAGGAACAGAUGCUGAGAGAAGUUGUGUUCUAG